AUGACGACCACUGCCCCCUCGAUGAAGGUGCUUGACGACGGCAUCGCUUGCGACGGACCGACCAACGAGUUCCCUUCUCCACGCCGGCCGAACAACGACAACACUCGCAGCGAGCCAUCCGGACGGUGGACCCCUGAGCCACAGCCUGCUACUUUUGAUACCAUGACAGAAUGGGGUCGCAAGCAUCUUGGCGAAGAGUGGGCAACGGAGCGGGAGGCCAUGGUGGAUGACAUUUACAACUCCAUUGUCGCGCAGCAUCCGACAAUGUCGACGGGGUAUUGCAAGCGGCAACACGCACUGAGGGCCAUGGAGGUUCAGCUGCAGGGAGACAAGGUGCAGCUACACGGCCGCGAGCUGGAUGAGUUGAUGUCGUUGGCACGAAAGCGUUAUGGUGAGGGAUGGUACCUCAACCGCAGAGCAGCUCGUCGAGAGAAGGAAAUGGCCGAUCCGGCUGAGGGCGAAGAAUCGUACCGUUCGUUGCGAUCGCGCAAACGAUGGUGGAUGGCGAGGGGCAUCAUGCGGACCAGGGACGAGGCCAUGCUGUCCGAGGGAAUGUCGUGGGAUCAGAUACUCGGGUCUUCGCAACCGCCAAACGCCACCGACGACACCGAGACAUGCACGCCGGCAAUGAGCGACGUGGACAGCGAGUGGUGGGAAGACGACGGUGCGCCAUUGAACCAGUCUGAAUAUGCAUGGGGAGCCAGCAACGGCCCAGAAAUUGACACGAUGCAAGGAGCGGAGUGGAGGGCUGUUGCUGAAGGCCAGAACGAUGAAGAGUACAGGAAAGGCAGGGUCCGUGCCGUCGCGGGAGAGAGAUCACGAGCCGAAAACGAGGAGUCCCUACGUCGGUACCACUGUGAGGGACCAGAGGCCAGGGAGAAACGGGAGGAGAUGAUGGCCCAUUUCCUCCGCGUGCAACACCAGGCGAAGAAGAUGCUCAUGGAGCACGACGGACUCGGCCAAGACCCCCGCUACAGCGAAGGGUUUAGGCAUCACCAUGCAGAGGAGCGCCUCAAAGAACUUCGUGGGGGGGACUUCACUAAGCUGCCUGACCUGGAGCUGAUAGCGCAGAGCCUCGGUAUCCGAAGCUCGCUUCCAGAGCAUCACGAUGGCCUCAGCUCUGGUAGCGGACCACGCCCCAAGCAGCAGCAGCGCAAGCGCCCGGGCAGUCCCCAGCACAACCAACGCCGACAGAGCCGUCGUCUCCGCCAAUUGCCGGUCGAAUAUGAGAUGCCCGAAGACCCAAACAAGAUCAUUCGGUUGGCCAACGCCGGGCGCCGCCGCAGGGGCCCGUAG